CUUGUCUGUCACAAGUUUCAUACAUGUCUGAGUACUAGAACAGUCUGAAGCUGUGUUGAGACUGAGACCUCACUGGUUGCUAACCUACUUGGUAUUAAAUGUGGAUCAUCAGAUUGUGGGACUCUGUUUCUGCUCUUAUUAAGGUUAGCCAAACUGACUGCUACAUAAGCCUGUCCUUGCCCACUGCUUCCCCGGAGGUUGUCCGGACCAAAACCAUUAAGAACUGCAAAGAUCCAGUGUGGAAUGAAACAUUUUGCUUCAGGAUCCAGAGCCAAGUAAAGAAUAUUCUUGAGAUGAAAGUCUAUGAUGAAAAUGCAGUCACUAAAGAUGACCUCCUCUUCACUGUUCUCUUUGAUGUUGCUAAAAUCCAGCUUGGAGAAACAGUUCACUUGACAUUUCAGCUAAAUCCCAAGACGCAGGAGAUGCUAGAGGUUGAGUUUACAUCAGAGAGCAUUCCAGUCCCUCCUGAAAAGCUUGUGACUAAUGGUGUAUUAGUGUCUCGUGAAAUUUCCUGCUUGGAAGUCCUAGUGGACAGCAAAUGGACAAAAAAAAAACCUUCAGAAAAAGACUUCUUGUUUUCAGUGAAGGGAUCAUAUGAGAAGAGCCAGACCCUGUCGCUGGGCUCUUUCUGGCAACCUCUGAAGCCCCUGAACUUCCAUUACACCAAGUAUGGACUGUCAGAGCUGUGCAUGGCUCUAGCAGAGAAGAAACCUCACUUCUGCUCGUGUACUUCAGGUGAAGACAAAAAAGACUGCCAUGCAUCCCUCACUAUUCCUCUGGAUUCACUUCCAUUCAGUGAGAAAGUGGCAGUAGCAAAGGAUGAGACAAUCAAUUUACAUCUGAAGUCAAAUGACUGGUCCAGAAACUUAGAUGUUCGCUUAGAGUUCGAUCUAUGUACAGAGGAGAAAAACUUCCUACUGAAAAGGAAGAAGUUUGUGGCUUCUGCUCUGAAAAAAGCACUACAUUUAGAACAAGACCUAGAAGAUCAUGAGGUACCAGUUGUAGCAGUGAUGACAACAGGAGGUGGCACCCGGGCACUGACAUCUCUGUUAGGCAACCUGUUGGGUCUUCAAAAGCUGGGUCUCUUGGAUGUUAUUUCAUUCAUCACUGGGUCAUCUGGUUCAACAUGGACUUUGUCACAUUUGUAUCAGAGUGCUGACUGGUCGCAUCAGGAUCUAUCAAGACCGAUUAGUGAAGUCCGCAGACACAUGACCAAGUGCAAGCUAAGCUGCUUUUCCCUGGAGAGCUUGCAAUACUAUGCAAAGGAGCUAAAACUGCGGAAGCAAGAGGGAUACCAGAUCUCUAGUGUUGACUUUUGGGGGCUUCUGCUGGAAAAAGCAUUAGAUGAUGGGAAAAAUAACCACAAGCUCUCAGAUGAGCAAGAGGCAUUGAGUCAGGGUCAAAAUCCCCUACCUAUCUACAUGAUCCUCAACAUGAAAGAAGAUUACAGCCUUUCAGAGUUCAAAGAAUGGGUGGAGUUCACCCCUUAUGAGGUUGGGUUCUUAAAAUAUGGUGCCUUCAUUCGUGCUGAGGAUUUUGGCAGUGAGUUCUUCAUGGGUCGCCUGAUGAAGAAGCUUCCUGAGUCCCGAAUCUGCUUCAUGAAAGGCCUAUGGAGCAAUGUAUUUUCGUACAACCUCUUGGAUGCCUGGCAUUCGUCAAACCCUACACAGAGGCGCUCACUGAGGUGUACCCAACACAGCACUGUUGAUACUGGAGAAGAGCCUUCUCCAUCAGACAGGAGACAUGAGUUGGAGACUUACUUGGUCACCCCCGAAUGUGGCAUCGUGGGCAUCAUUCGGCGGAUCCUGACAGAGCGGGUGAUGGUUUCAAAGUUCUACAACUUCCUGAAGGGAUUCCAGUUGCACAAUGAAUAUCUUCAGAACAAAAACUUCUGUAGAUGGAAAGAUACUGUACUAGAGCAUUUCCCCAACCAGCUGACAGAAACAGCAGAGUUCAUGUGCCUGGCAGACACGGCGGGAUACAUCGAUAUUAGCUACCCACCACUCAUGAGACCAGAGAGGAAAGUGGAUGUUGUCCUGCACUUAAACUAUUCUUCUGGAUCACAGACCUUGCCUUUGGAAGAAGCCUCCAAAUACUUUCAAAAGCAGGGAAUCCCAUUUCCCAAAAUCCAAAUGAGUGAAGAAGAGAAGAAAAAUCUAAAGGAGUGCUACAUCUUUGAAGACACAGAGACCCCAGACGCACCAACUGUGGUGUUUUUCCCACUGGUGAAUGACUCCUUCAGAAAAUACAAAGAGCCUGGUGUGGAGCGCAGCCCUGCUGAGAUGGCUCAGGGCAACGUGGAUGUUUCCACCAUGUUUUCCCCCUACUGCUUAAACAGCUUUACCUACACAGGGGAGGCGUUUGACAAGCUGAUAGAACUGACCAGCUACAACAUUCAGAACAACCAACAUCUGAUCCUUCAGGCUUUGAAUUCAGCCAUACAGCAGAAACGACAGCACAAAAAAUAA